UCCUGCUGAGAUGACGCGGGCAAGGUCGUGGAAGUUGAGAGGUCCGGCGAUCUUGAUUUCGGAUCCCGGAGAGACUGCUAGGGCGUUAGUCUUGUGUAAAGGGUCCGGGCCGUCGUCGCGGGACAAGAGCAACGGGAGACACAUGACGGAGCUUUGCGCGGCCGGUAGGAAGAAACAUACUCCUCAUAUCCUCCAACGUCGAGUUACACGUGAGAUUGAACCCCAUUUUGGCGGAUUACAGCGUCAAGACGCAAACAGUCGGUGUUUUUGGUUUGUUUUGUGAGCCCACAGGGGGGCAAUAACCAGCUUGUUUGCCAGCAAAUUGCGCGCGGGCAACUCGACGCCCUGACCAGAUGGAUUGGUUGGUCGCUCGCUGUCCGCAGCAGUCGUGGUCUAUCGAGGCGUGAUUGUUCGAUGCUCCUAGGUCUAGGUCUAAACUAUGUUUGUGUCGUCAAGUCGUGAUUUCAGUUAUGAGUCGUCGUCGCCGCCAGCGAAAAUCCCCUUUUCUCCCUGCGCUUCUCGAUGCGCCCUCUUCUAUUUCUCGGUCGCGAGUCGGCGGAAACUCCGGAGCUGUUUUGGGUUUGAUUCGAUUCGGAUCCAGCCUGGGUCGAGAAUUCUACGGGUCCACGGGGGGUGAGGAAGAAAGGGAGGGACCUGGAGAGAUUCUUGCGGUUUGGAAUGCUGCCAGACAAGAGAUGAGAUGGAAGCGAGCGCCUUGUUUGUCGCGCUCCCUGGCAGCGAAGACGAAGAAAGGAUGGAACGAGUGGAAGACAAGACCAAAGGCAGAAAGGAAUGAAAAAGGAAUGUCGCGGUGGAUAGAAGAAGAACGAGAGCGAUCGCCUGGGCUAAAGAAAUAAGAAAGCAGACAAAGUGCGCAGGGC